GUCGUUCCUCUUGGUAAAUCCGUCAGCUGAUUCCUCAUCUCUGAUGUCAAAUACUGCGACAAGUUCGCAGAUGGUCAUAUCGCUCAAAUACGUAAGAUUGAUUAGUGUCAAAACCAGAAGAGCGGCUUGAUAAGGUUGCUAUGGCACCGACAAAGAAUGAUGAAAAACCACAACCCGGAGACCUCAUUGAAAUCUUCAGGAGUGGAUACCAGCACUGGGCUAUCUAUGUUGGUAAUGGUUUUGUGGUUCACCUGGCCCCACCCACUGAGCAUGCCAACGCUGGGGCAUGCAGUAUGAUCUCAGUCACAUGUGACAGAGCCACAGUGAAGAAGGAAGAAAUCUGGAAUGUUGUAGGCUCAGACAAGUACAGUAUCAACAACCUUCUGGAUGAAAAUUAUGAGCCUCGCCCUAUUAGAGAGAUUUUAAGGGAGGCAGAGAGCCUCGUGGGAAAUAAACUUCCCUAUUGUGUGUUCAGAGGGAAUUGUGAGCACUUCGUCACAGAGCUGAGAUAUGGAAAGCCAGAGUCACGCCAGGUGAGAAAGGCAAUGGAGAUUGGUGUUGGAGUUGGUGUUGCUGCAAUUGUUGGAUUUGGAGUUUUAGCACUUGCUGCAACUCUUUUUGGUUCAAAAGACAAAGAGAAGCAGACAAAAUAAACAUUGGGAAAUAAAGUACUCAAAGCACAUUGCCUUAAAUAUAAUGUCCGUAAAUUAAUCCGUUCAUGUAUUUGAUAGAAAACCCAAACAUUUCAAAUGUUUAUGUUUUAACUUAGGGUUAGUUUUAUAAGCACAAAAUGAAACAUUAAAAAAUGUAGUAGAUUUAAUAGAAAAUAAAAUGAGAUAUACAUGCA